UUUUAAACAGCGCAAAAUAUAGCAGUGGUACGUAGGCUACAGCGCCACAAGCCCGAACCCGCACCGAUUCUUGCCGAGCGUCUGCCUUAGCUUGCUGAGCCCAGGUCAAGGGCUGAAUCCCUGGCGGGCUACUUGAGGAAAUGAACGGGAAGACCAGGAUGGCCAACAGGCGGGACUAAGCUUGAGGCGCAAAGGAGGAUUAUUACGCUGGACGCUUGCAGUUGAAGGCAUGAAGUGGCUGAAAUUCUUGAAGGCAGCGAAGAAACGCACCCUUGAUGGCAGCGUGGAAGCACCAGGUGUUGCAGAAGAUGCUGGCACUCCACACCACAGUGCGUCCAAGUCUCACUGCAAGAGGCGGUCAGUGCAGCAUGAGCGCAAGGAAAGAACUUCCAUUGAGCAAUGGCAUGAGGCUCGGAAAAGCAGGACCUCCAUCGACAUGUGCUCGGCCCUCAACAUCACGACCACCGAGCGCCUGUCGGUGUGCAAGGCGGGCAUGACCAUCCUCAUCAACCGCACCUACAUCGUCAUCAAGCACCUGGGCUCCGGCACUAGCGGCCAGGUCAAGCUGGCAUUCAACCUGCGCUCCAAGAAGCUGGUGGCCAUCAAGGCCGUGCGCAAGAGCCACUGCGGCGCUGGCGGCCACCCGCUCUCUCACGCAAGCCGCGACGGCGCGCGCAGCUACGACGGCCGCCUCGGCAGCGCCUCCCUGGGACUGCCCGGCACCGCCGCAGGCGGCGCGGGCGCUGGCCCGGGUGCGGGCGCGCUCGGCAACUGCGGCAGUGUGAACACGGCUCCGUCGGGAUCGGUGCACAGCGCAGGCGGAGGCGUGGCCCGGGGGUGGCGCGCCAUGACGCCAUCGGCCUUCCUGCGCCGGGCGUCCAGCUCCACGCACGCGGCUUGGGGCCGCGCCUCCGGCUGCAACCCGGGCAAUGGGGGCCUGGCGUCAGGCGGUGCGGUGCCAGGAGGCGUGGGGGCGGGCUGCGGCAACAGCGGGCCAGGAGGCGCGCCGGGCGGGCCGUCAGAGAGCGCCGAAGAUUUUGUGCGCGAGAUCGCGAUCCUCAAGCGCCUGUCUCACCCCAACGUGGUCCAGCUGCUGGAGGUGAUUGACGACCCCGCCUCCGACUGCCUGCUGCUGGUCAUGGGCUACGUGGAGGGCGCCACGCUGCAGCCGCCGCAGGUGGCGCCGGGCCGCUGGAAGCCCGUGCCGGAGCAGGUGGUGUGGCGCCACUGCCGCGACGUGCUGUGCGGCCUGGAGUACCUGCACUGCCACAGCGUGGUGCACGGCGACCUGAAGCCCGCCAACUUCAUCCAGGACUCGCUGACGGGCGUGGUGCGCAUCCUGGACUUCGGCUCGGCGGUGUUCCACGCCCGUGUCAUGGGCGAGGAGGGCCGCGGCGCGCACGUGCCCAUGAGCUGCACGCCCGGCUUUCGCUCGCCCGAGAGCCUGGUGUCAGGCUACCGCUCCAGCUUCGAGCUGGACAUGUGGGCGCUGGGCGUGUGCCUGUACAUGUGGGUGUUUGGUGAGCUGCCCUUCAAGGGCAGCGCGCCCUUCGUGGUGUAUGAGAACAUCCGCAGCGCGCAGCUGGCCUUGCCCGCGCAGCCGCGCAUCUCCGCCCAGAUGACUGACUUCAUCAGCAGGCUGCUAGACAAGGACCCGCGCACGCGCAUGACGGUGCACCAGGCGGUCAACCACCCCUGGACCACGGCGCAGGGCCUGGCGCCGCUCCGCACCACCUCUCCGCUGGUGAUGGCGGCGCGCAUGCAGCUGGACGCGCAGGCCGCCGUCCACGCGCAACAGCAUGGCAUGGGCAUUGGCCACGGUCUGGGCGGGGCUCACCACCACAACCACCACGCCCCCAACUCGCUGCACCUGCACCAGCACAGCAGUAGCAUGCCGCAGCUAGCACUCCCAGAGCAGGUGGCGGCGCAGCAGCAGCAAUCACAGACACAGGCUCUGAUGCCGCCGCCGGCGCCGCGGCCCGAGUGGACCUCCUCCAGCCGCAAGGUGGGCGCGCACAACCAUUACCGCCUGGACGGCAACGCCGGCACGGGCCACUUGCGGCAGUGGGGCGUGCACGUGUCCACGAGCAGCAGGAGCGCCGGCUCGGCGCACAUGCCGGGCUUUGGUGAUGCCGCCAUCGGCGCAGCUGCGGCCGCGGCCACAGGAGCAGGCGGCGGCGGCGGCGGCGGCUUCCCGGUGUCGGCGGUGGCGUCAUCAUCGACGGCGGCGGCCAUGCAGACGGAGUUCCCCGAGCUUAUGAGCGCGGCGCGGCGCGGCGACGGUGCCGUUGUGGGCGGCAAGCGCGGCGCGCCGCCCCCGAGCAGCAGCGGCGCCUGCAGCCCCAUGCUUGAGGACACGCCCGGGGAUCCCUGGACGGCGGCGGCUGCGGGCACUGUGCAGUCGUCCCCGCGGCUCAUGUCCACACAGGAGUCGGCAACCGGCGUGCCGCUGCCGCCGGCGCCGGAGACCACAGCGGCGGCCCUGGCCGCGCUGGUGGGCGCGCCGGCGGCAGGGGCGCCGCGCGUGCCGGCCGGCGACGGGCCUUGGCGCAUGUCCUCAGCUGCGGCGGCGCCGCCGGUAACGGCGGCGGCGCCGCCGGUGCCGCGCACCUCGGACAGCAACAUGUCGUUGGGCAACCCCUCAACCAACGGCCUCAUGUUCGGCCGCCAGACCAUGUCUGGUACGGGCAUGUACGGCUACCAUACGUUGUACGGCAUGUGGGGCAUUGCGGAGGGCAGCGUUGGGAGCGCGGGCUCGCUGGGGGCAGGGCACAGCGCAGCGGCGGCCGCGGCCGCUGCCGCGGCGGCGGCUGCCAUGGUGGGCGUGACAGGGCCCGGUGCUGCGGGUGCCAGUGGCGCAGGAGGCGGCACAAGCGGCGGCGCGUCUGGGGCGGCUGCUGGGUAUGUCCGGCGGUCCUCCUGUGAGGCAUGGGAGCUGCGGCGCAGCGUGACGGACGAGGAGCUGAGUGCAGCCAUUAGCAAGACGUGCGACGCCACCGGCAGCGCGGCGGUGCUGAUGGAGAGCAUAUUUAGCGAGGUCACCUUCGCAGUCAAGACGCAGAUCAUCCACGCGGGUGACCCGCUGGACCGCAUCUACCUCAUCACUGCCGGCGAGGUGGAGAUCUACCACGAUCUGCAACAGGACGGCCCGGACGCGCGCUGCCCGCACAAGCCCAUCAUCGAGGGCUUGUCCGACCCCGAGUCCGACCUGGACGACCCCAGCGACUUCCUCAACAUACGCCUGCCAGGCACCAGCGGUGCCGUGCCGCAGCUGGAGCGCCUGUCCACCGGCCUUCUCAACUUCACAGGCGGCGGAGGCGGAGGCGCAGGCGGCGGAGGCGGUGGUGGCGGCGGCGGUGGAGGCGGUGGAGGCGGUGGCGGUGGCGGAGGCGACCGCAGCACGCACGGCGGCAACGCCGCCUCGCACGCCAUCGGGGCCGCGGCAGCGGCCAUGUCGGCGGCCGCCGCCGCCACAGGCGGCGGAGCCAGCAGCCCUUCCCUCCUGCCCGGUCCCAACAGCGGUCACUUGGGCGGCGGCUGCCCGUCGCCGUCCGUGUACGGCUUCACGGCGGCGCCGCGCUCCACAGGGCACGGCGGCGGCGGCGGCCCCAACAGCUCCAACAUGGGCCGCAUGCACCGGGAGCCCAGCAGCAGCAGCCUGGGCAUGCUAUCGCGCGGCGCCACGCAGACCGGCCACCUGAUCGUGGCGGUCAAGGGGCCGGGCGACAGCCUGGGCUUUGCGGGGAUGGUGCCGGGCGGGGACGGCAGCAGCGGCAGCGCGGGAGGCAGUGGCAGGGCGUCGCAGCCGGCGUGGUCGGUCAACGUGCGCGCGCGCACACAGGUGACGGCGUUUGUGGCCAGCAUCGAGUCGCUUCACAAACUCGCCAAGGCCAACCCACAGGUGGAGCCGCUGCUUCAGCAGAUGGCCGUGCAGCAGGAGACGGACCUGGCGGUGGCGGAGGCGAUGCGCUCGCUGCGCCUGGUGGGCAGUGGCAGGCCCAGCGCCAGCCAAGGCAACACCAAGGCGCCGGGCACAAGCUCUGCCGCCACUGCGUCCACAGCAGCAGCUCCAGGGGAGGCCGGCGUGUCGGUCGGCGCGGCGGCAACAAGUGCCGCGGCGGCGGCCAAGGCGCCGGGCGGCUUGGACUCGAGCAGCGGCCGCGGGUUUGGCAGUGCCUUCGUCAGCGCAGUGGACAUCGCCCUGCCCGAGCUCUGCGUCCUGCCGGGCGACUCGGACGCCGCCUCGCAGCCCGCGGACGCUGCAGCCAAGGUGCAGUGCCGCAUGAGCGGCAGCGGCCUCGGCGGCAUGGCCAGCGGCGCCGGCGCCGGCGGUGGCGGGUCCAUGUGCGGCGGUGGCGGCGGGCUGCACGCCGGCUUGAUCAGCAGCGAGGCGGAGAGCGAGUCGUGCGGCACAGCAGGCACCACCACCACCGGCCUCACGGCGCUGACGGCCGCGUCGUCGCCGGGCGCCUCGCUGCCGCAGCGCCUGGCCGUCUUCGCGACCUCGUCGUCGGGCUGCUAUGGGGCGGUCGGGCUGGGCGCCGGCGGAAUCGGCUAUGGUGCAUUAGGCGGUGGCGGCGGUGGCGUAGGGCACACCACUGCCGACGGCGGUUACACAGGCUGCGGUGGCGGCGGCGCCGAUAUGAUGGACGCGGGACCCGGUCGCGCGCGUGGUGGCUCCGAGCAGCAGCUGUGUGGCGGGGCGAUGGGCGAGGCAGGGGAAGAGGCAGCCGCGCUGGACAUGAUGGUCGGGUAGCGCACGCGAGAUUGAUUUAGCUUAAUGGUGAGACACGUACUUUCAGGUUUUUUUGUCCGCUUUGACCUUAAUGUAUGCCUUUCGCAAAUGGGGACUGUGAGGGCUGGUCCUGCGAAGAAACGUGAGCAGGGUGCGAGCACAGAGGAGCGACGAGGGCUGGGAGCGCAAAGCUUGUAGCCAGGUUUUGCGGCCUGAGCCUCGCAUACGGAGGUUCGUCCUCCGUACGGUAAGUGGGAUGUUUGUUGUAAAUGCGCUUGAUGCUGGAGCGCAUGAUGUUGAACGUUUGAGCUGUUAGCCCAGCCGUUUGAGAUUCGGGCGGAGGUGAGAGCCGUGGGGUUGUUUACGCAUUUGAUUCGCAUAAAGAGUGGCCAUCCGUUGGCCGUAAGCCGUGCACUUUACGUUCAGUUGGACGCAAUCAUCAGCAAGCCGGGCGCACUGGCGUGCUGCUAAGGAGGACCGCGUUCCUUGGUUUGUUGGCAUUGCCCUACGUUGCUAGGGGGGUGUGGUAGGCUUUCAGUGUUUCGUUCAUGUGUGCGAGGUGGGGCCCGGUUGGACAGGCGGGGCAAGGCUGGCCGCUUUUAAGCGGGCCGCAGGUGACUGGACCGCCCUGACCUGACCGCCCUGACCGCCUUGACCCUGACCCGGUGACGUGGACAUCCAACGAGGAAUUCCGUGGGGGAUCCAGUGGGGCAGGUGGCGGGGAAUAAGAUAGGUGCCGUGCAGGGAUGGUGCUCCAUCUCAAUGCACAACCAGUAUCUGAUUUAAUUUGUGCGUCAAGAGAGCUACUAUGCCAAGGGCUAGGAAUGGUGAUGCCGUCGAAUGUGCGCUUGCGGAAGGAGAGAGCAAGAGAAAGUUGUGGGUUUGCCUUACAUGCAUUCAGUGAGGUUGCAGCAUCCCCUGCUUUUGCAACUCCUGAUCGUUUUGUGGUGAGCAUGCAUAGCACUGAUGAAGCGAACGAACUGCUUCGACUGAUGCGACAGUGACAGUGACAGUGACAAACCGCUGCGGAGGGUGGGCUCCGCGUGUGGAGGUGUGUUUCUUUAACAAGCCGACAGUGUGGAGGGCACUGUAAGUCGUUCAGUUUGUCUGCUG